AUGUCUGGAGAAAGCAAGAAUAUGCCACCUAGUUGGCACACCACCGACGUCUCCUGGUACAGAAAGGACCUUCCAGAGAUCAACGAGUCGGCACGAAAGAUUUUGGAGCAGUAUAGUGGGAUCAGUCCUGAUGGCAUCACAUCGCAUCUCCAUGAAGUGCGAACACAAGCUUGGAACAUCUUUCCCUAUCCCUCAAUCGGGAACUGGCAUUUCCUCCACCUCGGCAUCCUGCAGCAACCUCGCUACCCCGAGAUCCUCGAACGCUUGCAGCAGGGUCAGAAACUCCUCGACGUGGGAUGCGGAUUCGCGCAAGAUCUCCGCCAGCUCGUGUUCGACGGCGCACCGGCGGAGAACGUCUACGGCAUCGAAAUCGAAAAGCCGUUCGUCGACUUGGGAUAUGACCUCUUCCUCGACAGGGCGAAGAUCCCAUCUGCGAAUUUCCUCGCGGCUGAUAUCUUCAAGUCGGAUUCAGCGGCCAAGAACCUGUUUGGCAGCAUCGACAUCAUCUACGCCUCGCAAUUCUUCCACCUCUGGGGCUGGAACAACCAAGUCGAAGCAGGGAAGGCCGUAACAAAGCUGUUGAAUCCAGCGCGCAGGUCUCUGAUAGUCGGCUAUCAAAUCGGCGCCAUUGUCCCCAAAGAACAUCAACAUUCGCCUACGAAGGAGGGGAAGAUGUAUUUGCACGAUCGGACCUCGUUGCAGAAGCUGUGGGGUGAGGUUGGAGAAGCUACGGGGACGAAAUGGAUGGUUGAGGCGUGGCUGGACGAGGCGGAGAUCUUCAGCAGUUAUGUGAAAUUAGAUAAGGAUGUGCGGAGGAUUUCGUUUGCUAUUGAACGGAUGGAAUAG